CUCUUCGUUUCAACGGGCGAGGAUUUUUCGAAACGAAAGCUCUUGUUGCAUAUCUCUCUCUCUUCUCUCUCCUCUCUCUCUCUCUCUCUCUAGAGGAGGAGGAGGAGGAACUCUCUGUCUCUCUCUCUCUCUUCUUUUCAGGCUCGAAUUUAUAGCUCUCUUUCUCUCUCUCUCUCUCUGGAUGAGCUCGACUUCGAUUCCCGCCACUUCCCGUGAAGAAGAGGACUUCGGGCGCCGGAGAUGACUGUGGCAGGAAUGGCCGAGUUGAAGAUAGAGGAUUGUUGUCUCGAGAACAGACAAUUGACCGCCGCCUCGAACUCCUCUUUAUCUGAAGGCAGUGCCAGUGCUACUCUCAAAUCUCCUGCUGUGUCCAGCCCGGCGACUACUUCUCCCUCUCACCGGAGGACGACAGGACCUAUCAGGCGGGCAAAGGGCGGUUGGACUCCAGAGGAGGAUGAGACAUUGAGAAAUGCUGUUGCAGUUUAUAAUGGCAAGAGUUGGAAGAAAAUAGCUGAACACUUUCCUGAUAGGUCUGAAGUCCAAUGUUUGCAUAGGUGGCAAAAAGUUCUCAAUCCUGAUCUUGUUAAGGGACCUUGGACCCAAGAGGAGGAUGACAAGAUUAUUGAUUUGGUAUCAAGAUAUGGCCCCACAAAAUGGUCUCUCAUAGCAAAGUCUUUGCCUGGUCGUAUAGGGAAACAGUGCCGAGAGAGAUGGCACAAUCAUUUGAAUCCAGAUAUCAAAAAAGCUUGGACAUUGGAGGAAGAAUUAGCCCUUAUGCAGGCCCAUCGGGUAAAUGGGAAUAAGUGGGCUGAAAUUGCUAAGGUUUUACCUGGAAGGACUGACAACUCAAUAAAGAAUCAUUGGAAUAGUUCCUUGAAGAAAAAGUUAGACUUUUAUUUAGCCACUGGUAAACUCCCACCAGUUGCAAAAAGCGGUUUACAAAAUGGCUCCAAAGAUGCAAGCAAACCCACAUUGGCUAAAAGAUUAGUUGGUUGUAAUAAAGGAGCUAACUUGAACCCUCAAACUUCGUUAGGAAAUGGCGGUACUUGCAAAUUAGAAGAAGAGAAUCAGGAUAAGUUGGAACUUAUGGCUCGGCAUCAAGAAGCAUGUGAGUCAUCAAGUAUUCUUCCCAGUGAAUCUGCUGAUUCAGGUAGUGCAGAGUUUAAAUCUAGAAUAGAUGUUUCCAGCAAUUUAGAAGUAUUGGCCCAGAGUGAGGAUAGUGGAGCCUGUGAUAAAAGUGAUUACAAAGAUGUUGGAACGACACCACCGGAGCAAGCUCUGGUUUAUGGUUUUCUGUGCUAUGAGCCACCCCCUCUGGAAAGUUGCAUCCCUCUUGAUUCUGAGAUGAACACUCAUCUUCUGAAUCAAACUUGUAACUCAAGUCCUGCAAGUCCUGCUAGUUUUCUCACUCCACCUUGUGAGAGAAAUGGUGUUUUUUGUACACAAAGUCCAGAAUCUAUUCUCAGGCUUGCUGCUGAGACCUUCCCUAAUACUCCAUCUAUAUUGCGGAAGAGAAAAACUCAAGUUGCAAAGCAUUUGUUUUCUAAUAAAACUACAAAAGUAGAUGGGGAGAUUGUAAAAGACAGGGUUGAUUCUCCUGAUGUAGGGAGUAAUGGUAGUCUGGAGAAAUCCAUGUCUCAGAAUACAAGUGUCUAUGAUAGUCCUUGCCUCAGCAAUGGUGCCAGUGCCACUCUGUGCAAUGGUGGUGCUUUUAGUGCAUCUCCGCCAUAUCGGUUAAGAUCCAAACGAACUGCUCUUCUCAAAUCUGUGGAGAAACAGCUUGAUUUCACCUUUGAGGAAAUGAAGCUGGAUGGCAGUACAAAAUCGGUUGAUGUACCUAUGAAGGAGAAUGUUCAUAAUGCAGAGGGACCUUCUUCACAUGUUACAAAGAUGGUUUCAAUCCAGGAAUUGAAAGUGGACUAGUGGUGGAAGUAUUCUUAAAGUUUCUCGAAGUGGUGAUAAAUGGUAAACAUCCACCAGGGGGUUGAUGACAAGCAACCAUCUGCAUUGGAGAUCUGGUAAUCUGUCUUCAAUGCUUCACGUUUGUUGUCACAGAGACGGCUUGGGUUGGGAGAUUCGUUCCCAUCAAAUGGUUACCACGAUAGAAGAAAUUCAAAAGUAGAUGCUCCUUUAAAAAUAAAUGCAGUGGUAGAAGAUGGGGCACUUCCAAGUCUGUACAGAAAUCAUUUGAUAAAUGGGAAUUUGGUUGGUAUUACAUCCGGGUUUAUAAGAUGACUUCUCCUUUCCAAUACAUUUUUGUUUGUCAUCGGCUGUCAAUAUCAUACUAACAGCUCCAUUAGCACAGUGCUUCCCCACUUGUAAUUUAAGAAGGCCGUCAUCCCUUUUUUUUUGGAGUUUA